AGUAAUAACGGUUUAAACAUAAAGUUUAGGAGUGUGUAGUGUAUAGUAGUGUGUAUUAAUGUCUGAUAAGAGAUGUGUUUUAAAGGAACAAACGCACUUCACAUCCAUUAGAAGUAGCAUGCUAAGUCACGUGACGUUACAUUUCACACAUUCACAUUGUAAUGUGGAAAAGCUAAGGGAAACGGCUAGUUUAAGUAAGUGGCAGUGGGUGAGGGGUUUGCUUCGUCAGUUUCAUAAAGAGCCAGUGAGUCUGCAGACCAAGAAAGACCACAUGGACGCUACAACUGGAUGAUCGGAAUGGUCAGUGGUUGGGCUGUCCUCUGAAGGUUUGUGAUUUAGCCAAGCUGAGUCUUGGUGUUAAGAUGUGUGAUCUGAAAAAUGAUGACGACAAGGGUGAUUAUGUGGAUGAGCUGUCAGCCAGUGAUGAAUCUGAGCCUGAAGAACACCCUAGCAGUGCUCCCAUUGACCCAGAGUUGGACCACCAUGACGAUAAUGAUGACGACCGGGAAGUUGGCACCUCUGCUCCACCUGUGGGACACCAGGCUCAGAGUUCAUUCAGUCUGAGAGGAGGGGGCACAGCUUUCUCAAACCGUAGCCACAGCAUCUUUGACUGCCUGGACAGUGCUGCCCAGCUGGCCUCCUCCUCUUUGAAGCAGGAUAACGUCACAGACGGAGUGUUUGCUUGGUCUCUUCCUCUACAUCCAAGCAGGAAGACGGGCCACCCUCCAUUAAGAUGCCCCACACCAGCAAAGAAGAGAGGAACCCCAGACUACCUGGUGCACCCUGAGCGCUGGACCCACUAUAGUCUGGAGGAUCUGACCGAGACCAGCGAUCAGAGCAACAGCAGGGUGGCUCACCACUUUCUUUCCAGUCUGCAACAGAGGAAAGAGCAGCAGGAGAGACAGAGUGAUCCCUGUUGUAACAUCCAGCAGAAGAUGAUCUUCUCCAGACCCAGUGGGCAACUGAAGGAACAACCUGCUGAUCAGCUGUCACCUGUGAGAAGCAAAGAGAAGGAGACACGCCUUAGUCAUCUGGAGGAGAAGGAGGAGGAGGAGGGUGAGGAGGGCAGAGAGAAACAAAAGGCUGGAGGAAAGAGAACAGACCAGAGUGUAGAAAAGGCUGAGCAAAGAGUGGAGGAAAAAUACAUGGGGGGAGCUGUAGGACAACCAGAGAAGAAGAAAAGGGUGCAGAAAAAAAAAGGUGACCAGGAAGAGAAGAUAGAAGAGGCCAACCUUGGCUUUACCUCUUUCAGUAAGACCAAUCGUAAGAAUUACAGGAAGAGCUCAGGGCAAGGGGACAACUGACUAUGACACAACUGUCUGUCACCUCAUCACUGUCUCAUACAGACUACAUGUCAUGAUGUUUUCCACUCAAAUUUGCUAACUUUACUGUUCUCAGUAAAGUGUUUGUAGCUGUGUCGCCAAACCUCAAGCUCUUUAAGACUAAUUUAACAGAAGGCUGAAAAGCUGUGUUUUGCUGUCCUCUCUGGUUGAAAUUUUAAAGCCUGUUUCAGCUCUGACCAUACCCAGCUUCACUGAUGACUGUGAUCAUACAUGUGCUAUGUUAUACAGUAUCUGUAACCACACCCACAAGUGAUUUCACAAUGUCCUAGGGUUCACCUGUACAUUACUGAAGAGGGCAGUGUUGUCACGAUUCUCCAAAUCCACGAUUCAAUUUGACUUUUGAUUUAAAGAUCCUGAUUCAAGUCGAUUUUUUAAUUAAAACUUCCUUUCCCACCAUAUUUGGGGGGAGAUCCAUGUUAUGUUUCUUCAUAAUCUCCAACUCCAGCAGUGACCAAGGUGUUAAGUUGAAAAGUGCAACUUCAGGCUACCAGUAAGCUACAUUAUGUCGGACAGAAGUAGGCUCUGGAGUUGAAAAAAAUACUAGGAAAAUCACUGAUCCUGCUAAAGAGUGAUUGUCCAAUCAGAGCUGAGUAACAGUUACUAUGUAGGAGAAUUCCUCCACAUGUUGAUGGAUUGCUGUAGUCAGAGAGAUGCCUCAAAAACACAUUGCUAGUUUAACUAAUGAUUAAUGAUAACUAAUAAUUUAUUAAAGAUAUAUAUUUAGAUAUAUUCAUGGAGCUAAUAUUAGCUUAAUUACCUAGCUACAGUAACAGUUUUUAUUUCAGGAGGUAACAUGAAUGGUCCUCAGAGAGAUGAUGGUAAAUCUGCCAUCAUUGUCAUUGCACUGUGUAUGUGCCAAAAAUGAAAGAAUUGAUAGGUAAGCAAAUGUAAUGAGAGUGGUGGGGUUUAGUAAACAUCAGUUCCAAAUAACUAGUAACAAGACAUUGACAUGUUUGGUGGUGUUAUUAAGAAUCUGAAACUUAAUAUUCAUGUGAAUCAAAAAUAUCAACAGCAAAUGUUAACACACAGCUGCUAAAAUUGGGGAGGAAAAUUAGAUGUUGGUCUUUAUCCAUACUUGAUUAGAAUUUUUUGUUGUAUGUUCUGUUUGGAAUAGCCUUCUUCCCUUACUCCAAUAAAAACAGUGAUUUGUGUUA